GAAUGACCACAAGACCAUUGCGCAAUAUUACUUCAUUAUUCAGAACGGUGUACUUCACAUUUUCUUGUUUGUUUUAUCUUAUAGCCUGCAUAGUUAUAAUACCAAUAGUUUAUGGAAUAUACCAAGGUCUUUCAUUUCUUGGUAUAAAUAUGGAGGGAUUUAAGGCGGCUGUGGGCAAACUAUGGCUACUGGUCACACAGUCUCUGUUAUGCAUACUGAUAGGAGAUAACACGUAUUUUUUGCAUGAGCCAGUAACACCGGAUCAGCUUAUGAACAACACGCUAAUUAUAUCAAAUCACACAUCAUACGUUGAUUGGAUAUACAUAUGGUCAUUACUUCUAAAAACCGGAAGAGAAGGAAUUUCAUUUAUUGCAAAGGAGGCAGUUGGCGCAUUUUAUCCUUUAAAGCUGGGAAUGGACAUGCUCAACUUUGUUCUUCUCAGCAGAAAGAUGGAUGAAGACAAAAAGCGGCUUAAGAAGGCCUGCAGUCUGCUCCAUGAAAACAAUUGCUACAAUUUGGUAAUGUUUACAGAAGGCACAUUUAUUGAUGAGGCGACGAAAAAAAGAGACAUUGAAUUUAUGAAUAAGGAACUCCGUAAUAGACAAUUAUUAAAGGAGCUUUCUCCAAAGGAAAUACAGGAAAGAAACAUACACACGACUAUUCCCCACGAUAUAGACAAUGUAUUUCAAGAAGUAUUAUUUCCUAGAGUGAAAGGAAUUAAGUUCCUUUUGGAUGAAUUAAAGCCGACCCUUAAAAAUAUUCUGGAUUGUACGAUUUAUUUGAAUAUGAAGGGUGCGAAUACAAUCUAUCCGUCCGAUCACUUCACAAUAAAAAAUAUUAUUCUUGGCCGCUGUUCACGCAUGCAAGCACUGAUUAUUUGUGAAAAUAUUAAAUUUACAAAUAAAAUAGCAGAGGAUUCAAGCAACUGGAUAUAUAAUAGAUUUAAGAAGAAGGAUGAGCUGCUUAAGCUGCUUAAGCUACAAAGGAAUGACAAAGAUAAUAUUGAUGAAAUAUGCCAUGAAUAUAAGCAGAAGGGAUAUUCGCUAACAAGAAUAUAUCCUUCUGUUAAAGUGACUGUUUUCUUAUCAGCAGGUGCACUUCAGGUUAUUUUUUCGCUCAUAUAUAUAUUAUAUUUUCUUAGUGGGUUUAUUUAUAGGGGCAUAGCAGAUUGCCACAAAAUAAUAGAAGCAUUUUAUGGAUAAUGUAAGAGUCCUAAUAAGUAUUAGUAUACUUUAGUAACUAAUG